CAUUUUCUCAGAUCGAACGCUCUGAACAGCCUCAUUUUCCACACCAGAUCUGCCCAGACCACCCACAUGGGCGCUUACCUCUGACGUCUCAUAAUCAGUCGCCAUCGACCCGCUGCGCCGGGCGGACAAAGUAUAAUACCCAGCCCGAUCCGUCGCCCUUGGGUCGCGCGCAACAAAUCCCUGGUCCACCAUCCUCGGUUAUCUUUCACCCUGAGAAAACCACCAAAACAUGGCAGAAACCAUCGGCCUGGCCUCCGGACUGCUAGCCUUGGCGACUUUUGCAUUCCAGUCUAGCCUCACCCUUCACGAGACCGUGAAUAGUUUCCGGUCUCACACCAAACGCGUCCGCGACCUGAUAGAGGAGCUGGAGGCUUUGAGCGGGGUUCUCGCCCCACUGCGCGAGCUAUUAGAUACGCCCAGCGAUGUAGAUCUAUCGGCCCUCGAAUUGCCUCUCCUACGCUGCGGCAAUGCCUGCACCGAGUUCGAGCAAGAAUUAAUCAAGUGCUCGUCACGCUCUACUAACAGAACCAGCUUCCGAGACUGGGCCAAGUUACGGUACAUGGGUGAUGAUAUCGAUGGUUUCAGGCGAAUGCUUGCCGGGUACAAGUUGACUAUCAAUAUUGCCCUGACCGAUGCAAACCUCCGCAAGAGCUCGGUCAACGCCGAGGCCAUUGAAAGCUAUAAGGCGCUCAUCGAGACUGCCAAACUUGACCUUGAGUCUCAUCUGGAAAGCAUCGACGGAAAGCUUGAGGUGAUCUUUGGGCAAACCGUGACCGCAUCUGAUUCAGAUGCGUUGGAGCUGCGGCGAAUCAAGGAGGAGCGGUUGAGCACCGAGAAAUGUCUUCAAAUAUGUGCCCAGUUAUCUGAGCAUAUUGAUCAGAUUCAGCUCUCCACCAAGCGCAGUGAUAGUUCGCCGGGAUCAGAUGAUUCUGACGCUUUUCCGGAAAGAGUCACCAACGAGGGCUUGGAGGAGUGUAAGAAUAAACUUGCCGUCACAAUUGCCAGAUUGGAAAGGCAUAUGCAAGACCUGAUCGACCGAUUACUGGUGAAAUCGAAAGCAGCGAUGACGUCGGAGGACGAAGUUACCGAACUGAAAAGACUGCGGGACGAGUGGGAAACCGCCCGCCAGUGCAUGGACAUCUGCUCCAAGGCAGACAACCACCUCAAGGAAAAUAUCAGCAGCAUUCACAACUACGGGGCCGGGGAUGCGUUACAGUUCAUGGUGUCGACGACCGGAAAGACCAUUCAUGGCACCAACCGAGGAGUGGGGUGGAGAACUAGGCAGGUUGGAGGUCACCUCAGUGAUGCCUCAGUCCAACAACUGUCGCGAGAUCUGACCAAUAUUAACUUUCGGGUGAUCGACGCCGACGGCCAACCGAUGCGAGAAUAUACCAACGCAAUUCGUGAUCGGGAUGCUGAUACCGGAUCUAGGGCGGAAUUCAAGGAACGGUAUGGGCGAGGUUUCACGCUCACCCCCAAAUCUGAGACCCUCCAGAUGUCGUCUACAGGCUCUCAGUAACAGAUGGGAUGGACUGACCCGGUAGUCUAACGUGACAUGAAGGUACUGGAAGUCAUGGUGGUCUUUACCGAUCUAUUCUCGUAGUUUCUUGAUACAUGGCUCCCGAGUUGAUGCUUUGGCACUUG